CUUCAAUGUAUAAUUUUACGUCAUAUACUUUGCAAAUGCAUCAAUAUUAUUUAACAGACUAACAAUUUGUCUGACAGGAUUUCUUGUUUGUAGUGGAAUUAUUUUAAACUACAGUGAAUGCUGAGUUGAUGCACUUAGCCAUAAAAGUCACCCUACUAAUACCGCACAAUCAGAUGAAAGCAAUGCAUAUUCAUCUCAAGGGACCGCAUAUGAAGCUAAAACACCGCACAUACUGAUGAAAGGACAUCAUAUACAUGUAUAAGCAUUGCACAUACAAGUAGAGCCACUUCAUAUACUGGGAUGUCCUAAUGAUGAGUGUGUUGAUGAGACUUGUGAUCUGGGUUUGCUGUGUUUUGCCUGUAAAAUGCUUACACAGUGAGCUUGAGUCCUGGUCCCCUGAUGAUUACAGUCCAUUGCACAAUAUGUUGCUGACAAGCAAUGGACUGCGCUUGAUCAUAACUGGACAAACUGGUGUAUAUAAAGUAGAUGUUGCUAAUUUCCAACUUUUUUCGAAAUUAAACCAAAGUGGGAUCUCAAAUAUAAUACACAACAGAACAGCAACGUUUGAUUACGUCACCGUAUGCUCAAAUCAAAGUGAUUCCUGCUUGAUCAUAGAUCCCCUGGAUAAUUGUAAAGAAUACUUAAGCGAGUUGAAGCCCCAAAUAAAAAUCGAUGGAGUUAAAGCAUUUAUGGCAACGAAUACUAGAGGGGCCGAAAGAAAUCAAAAUGAGGAUUUUCUGUUUGUCGGAUGCCCCCAUGUUGAAAGUCAAGAAAAGCUUGGUGGUAGAUGCACAGAACCUGGUAUAUCGUGGUAUCUGAAUAGUGGAAAGGAUAAAAGUGAUCCAUGGUAUGGUUUUAAAUCGUACAAGGACACUCCAGUUCUGACGGACAAGUACAUUGAUGCGUUUAGUGUGGACAAGUACAGAGUGUUUUUCAGUUUACAAAGAGUCGUAGCAACCGGAACGAAAAGAAGUCGAAUAGCCCAAGUGUGUCAAUACAUCGAUCAGAAAGAUGGAAAUGACUCAACGCCAUACACGUAUGCUGAUAUGCCGAUUCAAUGUGGACAAUUAAAGGAAAUUAGGGCGGUAAAGAAAGUCGUAUUUAAGACAGAAACGAUUUUUGUGGCUGUGUUUUCUGAGUCUAGUAAAUCUGCUGUUUGUGCUUUUACAAUGAAAACUAUAACAGAAAUGUUUGUUGAAAAUAUCAAAGACUGUUACAGGGGAAUUCGUGUACCUGAAAAUGAGGAUUAUGCCGACUUCCAGAGCACCGAUAUCCCAUGUAGCCGCAAAAUUGCGGAAAAUGACACCUUCGAAAAGCCAGACGAUUACUUCUUGUGUAACAAGGACAGCCUGCCAUUAUAUCGCCAGGUUAUUGGGAAAAAGACCAUGUACUUACAGCCUGUCGUUGAUUAUGAUGACGCUGAAUUAACAGCUGUGGCAGUGUCAGUUUUAGGGCCCACAGUUUUUGCAAUCUUGGGCACAGCAAAAGGAGAAAUUUUAAAGGCAGUUGUAUAUCCAAGCGAUUUAGCUGCUAAAGUCAAGAAACCUAGAAGACAUAAUUUUGGCCGAGAUAUACAUGAUAUUUAUAUUUCACCGGAUGACAAACACGUAUUUGUGCUUACUAGGAAACAGGUGUUUAAGUUGCCAGUACAGUCGUGUUCAAGUUAUUCCACGUGUAAUGAUUGCACACAUGGUGGUCAUUGUGAAUGGUGUCCUCUUAUAAACAGUUGUGGCUUAAAAGGAGUUUGCAUUAGAAAACAUGGCAUGAUAGGCUAUGAUAAGUGUAUUCUUGGAGAGAUAGAAAGUCCGGCAGAAGUCUCGACGAGAGAAAUUCAACAGGUGAAAAUAAGAUUUCUGGAAUCCCUUCUUCCGCCACGGGAAUUCAGACGUUUUACAUGCAGUAUAACCUUACUCAGUGAUGAUGGUAUGAGUUCUACCUCUACAGUGAUAUCGUUCAUUAUUAUAAAUCGCAGAAUAUGGAAGCUAGAUGAUAGUUCUAUACAGGAAAUAGAAAAGAGAACAAAAGGAACCAUGAACGCAUCUCUUGCUCGUGACAACUUUUCUCUUGGACAAUUUAUCAUCUACAACUGUCAGACCAUUACCAGGUUAAGUCUUUGUACAAAAAGUAAUCGGACGUGUAAAUGGUGUCAGAACAAUAGUCAGUCGCACUGCAUUGAUAGUGAGGAAAGCUGCAACACUAGUGGUGCUGAAGUAAAGGCAGGUGAAUGUCCCCGAGUCACAAACUAUACAAUAAUCUCAGAUGAAAGCAGUGUGCCAACCCCUAAUUAUACCGUGUACAUUUCGCAAGAUAGAGACACUGAAAUUAUUGUCGCAGGCAUAAAUUUAAAAGAAGCAGUGUCAGUGACUUACAAAUGCAAGAUCAUAACUGAUACCCAAACUUUGUGGUUAAAAAGUACACAGCUCGACGAAGGUGGCAACAUCACCUGUAAAAUUUAUAAGGAUGAGAUGUUUACAAUAUCAAGACAUGUAGACAGACUCGAAGCAGCCUUACAGGUAGUAUGGGGUGAUUCUCCUUUAGGUGAUACACUACCAAUUAUCAUUUAUGCCUGUGAAAAUCUUGUCCAGCCCUCCCGUAACUGUGAGCAGUGCAAAAGUUUUGCAAGUUACCAACCAUAUUUACGUUGCCAUUGGAAUGGGACUAGGUGCAUUGACAGCACAACAACCUUAGAAACAACAGAAUGCAGAGACCCAGAAAUAACUAAGGUAUACCUACUAAAUAUAUAUCCGAAUGACACAACGACGGUACUAACAGAAGGCGUUAAUCUUGAUUCAGUAUACAUCGAUACAGAAGGUGUUACUGUAGCUGGCGAACCAUGUAUUCCGAUAGCACCGUUAUCCGAACCAGGACUUCAGAUAUGGUGUGAUCUCUCUCCGAGAUCCAGUGUUAUAAAUGAUAGCGUGGUCAUCACUUUGGAAAAUAAUUCAACAGUGUGGACAUCUGAUCAUGUCCGUCUACUGAUUCCAAAGAUAACUUCUAUGAAACCGACUUCUGGACCGAUGUCUGGGGGAACAUCUGUAUCACUUUAUGGCCAACAUUUGGAUACUGGAAGAGACGUCACUGUUACAAUAGGAGACACCGCAUGCAUUCUCACAAAGAAAAUUGCAUCAGACAACCUAUUUUGCAAGACUGAGGGUCUGAAUUCGUACACAACAACUGACGUUACAUCAGAAGUAGUGGUAAAGAUUGAUGGUGCGAAAGUUCUUGGAAACUUGAAAUUCACAUAUUUGGAAGCUCCGUUCAUCAAAGAGAUUCACCCGAAGACAAGUUUUGCAAGUGGAGGAAGCAUUUUGACUGUCGUUGGUAGACAUUUGCACGGUAUCAAAAUGCCAAAAUUAUAUUCUACUACUGAGCACAGAUGGGGCGGAAAUACAGUAUCAGAGCUGCAGAAUUGCACGAAGCCAAACGGUACCGUUGAUCUACACUGUCCUACUCCUAGAUACCCUGGUAAGACGGUAAUUCCAGAAGGAGGUGUAUUCACAAGGUUAGGAUUUGAGAUGGAUGAUGUGCCUUCUGUUAGCGAUUACAACCUGCCCAGUAACGUAGCGUAUCUUCAGUACUUUCCUGAUCCUAAGCUUAAACAUAUCAACGAUGUCAAAAGCUCCGAGAGGUUUAUUCGUAUUGAGGGUGAUGAUCUCGAUCUUGCAGCAGACGAAAGCGAUAUUAAAGUAUUGAUUGAUUGUGAGGCAUAUGAUGUGUUUGAUGUGGUUAAGCGAACAAUUGCAUUUGAAAUUCCGGCUGACAGACCCGUUUGCUCGAAAACAACAGACCUUCCUUUAAAUAUUAGUGUACAGAUCGGUUACUUCAGCCAAACUAUAGGAUCAAUUACUUUCGAAAGUAAUAGGUCUGACUUAACAGAAACCACCAUGCCAGUCAGUAACACCACCUCUCAACAAAAAGUAACAAAAACGGCUCCAGACACAACCCAUCAACCAGAUGAAUCCAAUAGCACGAAAACAGCUGUAAUCAUUGCUCUUGUAGUACUGGUCGUAGUAAUUAUACUUUUUGCAGGAAUAGGUAGUCUUCAUGUUUAUCGGAAGUACAGAGCUAUGCGUAAUCAGACACGUGACAUUGUGGAGUUUAGGACAUUUCAGAAUGAAGAAUCGGACGAGAGAAGAGGCAUUAGAACUAUCUCUACAGUAUCAUACGCGUACGCACGAUACACUUCAGGCCUAUACGAUUAUAUUCAUGACGCGGAUGUAGUCAAUACAUAUCUUGAGCUGAGCGGAGAAGAUCCGACAUACACGAAAGCAGAUGAGUAUGUAGAUCCACACCCCUAUAGAAAACUCGACAAUGACGUAGACCAAUCAGAAAUCAAAAACGACAUACCUGUGAAUGACGACUCUGAAAAUAAAAUGGAGACAAACAUUCAAUCAGAAGUCAUGGGAAUUCAAGAUGGAGCCAACGAGCUUGGCUGUGACCUGGAUGGCGGAAACAUAGAUCCGGUAUACACACCACGAAAUGGAAAAGAAACAUCAGUAGAAUCCAUGUCUUCUGCAAAUAAUGAUGAGAAUAUCGGUGAGUGCUCAGUGAACAUUGAUGGUGGAUAUAUACAUGCUGUAUGGACCCAGGAAUUCGACCCAGGAAAACGCGAAGAUAAAUUCGAAAAUUCGAAAAAGGACGGGCCGCUUGAAACAACGGCUGCAAAGUUCGAUUGGGCAAUGGUGGAAACGACUCCCAAAGGGAUAGCCCCGGAACAAGACAUGGAUGUUGAACAAAUGGAUCCGGUAGAGAACGAAGAAUUUGAAAAUGGGACAUGUCAGGAAAACAUUGGUACAACAUGCGGGCAGGGUUUUGAGGCAGAGGAACACGAAGGAAAAUAGGAGGAAAUGACAGUCGAAGAGAUCAUUCCAACAAGGGAGUGCAUAUAACCUGUAGACUGUAUGACAACAGAGAGGUGAUACAACGUAAAUGUUUGAAGAACUUAAAUCAAUCGCACGUCAAUCACAUACCAUACUAAUGUUAUGCUAGAUCUUUCUAUAUGGAUAUUUAUUUCUUUAAAUGUGUAUUUUAACAAUUGUACAAAGAUCGGACAUUAUACCAUUAUAUCAUGUAUUAUUCACAUUUGUCGUUAUGAUGUACAUAGGUAGCUGAUCUUCUACAUUUUUAAGUUAAAAAAUAAAUAUAAAAUAUAAAAAAAAAUCCAUGAGCUGUUAUCUAUAUUUAAUUGACAUAUUUACUGAAGGUAGUGGACCCGUAAUGACAACCAUAAAUUUCCGUUCGUUUACGUUUCCCCCGUGUGCGAUUUCGGCAUGUUUCCGCCAUAACAGAAACUUGUCUUUCAUAGCAAUUAGAGAAUACCCAAAUUGCAUGCGGAGAUAUGUAAACGAACGAAAACUGAUUGUCAUUGUGGGACCAUUCACUUCGUUAAAGAUGGUCAGUCCGAUGUUGGAUAUGAUGUUGAUUUGAAUGAAAAUAUUUAGUAGAGAGCAUGUUUGGAAUUCGCCUAGUGUUUUAGUAGUAAAAAGCCUACAUGAAACAUAUUUGAACUUUAAUUUUCUUUAUGUUGCUGACAAUCAGGGCCCAGUUGUUCGAAACUUUUAACUGGCUGUUAAACUAACCGCCUGUUUAAUUUUGAUUCAGAAUAUAAGGCAUGAUGGGAACCAGACGUAUGAUGUUUUAGUGUAACUGUAAAGACAUUUUAGUGUUCAUAAUUCUUAAAUUGUAAUAUGUUUUACUAAGUCUUCUUAAAUAUUGAAAUGUAACUCUCAAAAUUAAUCUAAUCGCCCGUUACAUUUUUGAACAACUGGGCCCAGAUAGUUAUCAAAUGUAGAUUAAACCUAAGAGAAACAUGUUUCGUUAUUUAAAUGAUAUAAGGAAUGUUGAAAAGAUUGUAAAAACUGAUAAUGCGUUGGAAAAUUUAAAAAUGACAUUAUAGCAAAGUUAUAUAGAUCUACCAUUUAAACCAUAUAAAAAUAUUCAGACAGCCAUGACUGUGUAUUUUUAUAUCCUUUAUUAUUGUGAGAUUAUUAUUUGAAUACUAGUAUCUAUAUUGUAUAUGCGUUUAAGAUAUCGUUCAAGAUGAUUGAAAACUUAAUUUUAUAUAAAUGUGUGAAACUUGAUACAUAUACAAAUUUCUUUCCUUCCGCUUCCGCUUUUCAAGUUUUGUGUUGUUUCGCUUUUUUUCUUUUAUCGUUUAAAAUAUACGAGGUAUUAAUAAUAGUUCAGUAUAAGCUGAUCACCAUAAAAUCAAUAAUUUGGCAUGCUUUCUUAUUUGCAGUACAUUUAACAUUUCUUCUGUAAUUGAACUCAAAACUUUUUUUUUCAGUGUAAUAAAAUACCUGCCUAAUUCAAACAACUUCUCAGUUUUGGAAGCUGAAGUAGUGAACCUAGUACCAAACAUGAACUUCUUUGGGUAGUUGAUAUACUCGGGGGGUAAUACCUCUCAUGAUUUUAAUACCUUUAUGCACUGAAAACUGUUUUGAGAUAUGAAGUGCUAUCAGGCCUUGUAAGAUGUAGACAGGUAUGAUAUAUAUGACACUAUUGUUCUACUGUACGUAGUUCGCCUACAAUUAUUUUAUGUUAUUAUUGCUCAUGUAUAAUACAAAUUUUGUUGUUUUUAACAUUAUAUCGCAUAUUUGGAGUAUUAUUAUUGUUUUGAAUUUGUCAGUCCCAAAUAGUUUCGGAUUCGAGCCGUUUAGGUAGUUUACCACAAUUAGAGGUAGUAACCUCUGAUAUCAAUAAGGUUUGCAUAAGUAAUACACUUUGCACUGUUUUGUAAAUAUAUUUAGCAACGGCUCUGUAUAUAAAUUGGCUACGGCAGACCGACGUUUUUUGUUUUGUUUUUUCAUUAUAAGCUAAAAACUGUAACCUGCAUUUGUUUUUAAAUUUAUGUUAUGUAUUGAUUUGUUUUAAGUAUGUGUUUUGAAUACUCUAUUAUUUUCUUUCUAGUAUGAAGACCCUACACAAAGAUAACAAUCAUAAGUUACACAAUUUGAAUGUAAAUAUAUCACGAAGAGUUGCCAAAAUUUAAUUUGCAGUAUGGAAGUCUAAUGUAUUCAACCUUGUAGUAAUCUUAUGAAGAAUUUUUAAACUUUAUUUACCCUUAUUUUUAAUGAAAUAUUAAGCCAAUUUAGUCUCUUUUUAAAGAAUUAAGGGAUACCACAGUGUUGUAGAACUACUGAACAAUAAUGCAUGCAACACUGCAGCAAGUCUCAUGUGUUGCGGUAAAAAAAUUAUAAACUGUAUCCUCAAGUUACACUUUUAUUUUCAAGAAGGCAUUCAGUUACAGCAUUGUAAAUUAUUUAUAGUAUGUUAUACAAAAUAUUCCUAACUGAUAUAGUGAAAACUGUUUUCUGUGAAAUGAGUCAGAUGUUUUUUUUUAUUUCCCGAUAAGUUUUCUGAAAUUGAGGUACUACUAUGUUACGUUCAACGAUUGAUAUAUAAUCAUGAAUUUAGUAGAUUGUUUUAAAUGCACUCAUAAAUUUUGUACCUAUUAAUCUGGGCGUAAAAUUUGAAAAAAAGUGGAGAAAUACAUGUACACUACCAAAAACCUGAAAACUGUUUGAAUCCGCUAUAACGCUAUAAAUGUUUUUGGAUAUGUAGUUAUUAACUACUCGAUAUUAUAGAUUGGAAUUCUUCCGGGGUUUUCAUUAUUUUUUUUUAUAGAAAUAUACUGUAAUAUUCAAAUAAAUGUAUAUAUUGUG